UCUCCAAAACAUUUUUGAAAAGUAUGUUAGAACAUGCUGAACACGGAAGAGUAGCAUACUAAAAUUAUGUUAUAACUUUUAUAAAAUAAACAUCUCAUUCAAUACAAUGCAAAAUGAAUCAUUCAAGUGCGUCAUCAUCAAACAACAAUAGAAAUCUUUGAUAAGCAAUCGUGUCUUCAGACGUCGUUGGAUUAGCACAAGCGAAUACGACUACUGGAUAUGGUUUUUCUGUAACCGGAAUGCGUCUUCCAGGAGAUGAUUUAGGAUUUUUGACAGUAAACUACGAAGAGGAUCAAGUAUAUAAAGGCGCAAACCCGGACUUUAAAAGACGCGACCUUGUGCUCAACGGUUGGACAAAUCCAGGAGCCACAUUUGGAUGUCAAGAUAUAGUCAUUAAAUGGUAUAACAUGAAUGAUCUAGAGAUCAAUGGCAAACAAAUUCUAGGAGUUAAUGGAAUCGAUGGAAUAGUAAUCGAUUACCACGAAGAAGGAGGAAUUACAGUGAAUGGUCAACCAAAAGAAGGAUUCCAAGGUCUAAAAGCAGCGGGACAAACUGUUUUGAGAAUGCCAGGCAAAUACCCACCAGUGAAACUAUUUGAAAAUUCGGAAGUAACUAUAGAGAGAAAUCGCAAUGGAAUCAUAAUCGGUGGUGAAAUAGUUCCAGGAAUUGGUGAACGCGAGGAUGCUGUGGUAGAUAUCCUUGUAAAUGGAGGAAUCGCUGUCAAUGGUAUAAAAAUAAAAGGAUUUGAUCAUAUAAAACGACCAAAACCAAGUACUUAAAUUAUAUAAAUAGUAUAUAACUAUUGUUAUUACCUCGUAUAAAAUAUAGUGUACUAAACUAAUUUUAAAAAUGAAUCAUUUUUGUAAAAUC